CAUAUUUUUUAACGUUAGUAGUUUUUAUGUAAAAGGUUAGUUGUGCGUUUACAAAAAGAAAAAUUUCAAAUACAAAGUCCUAAAUAUUUGCAUCUUAAAUAUAUGCAAUUUUAAAUAUUUUGGAACAAUGAAAUUUUUUUUAUCGAUAUUAAGCAUCAUCUAUUAUAAUUAAAUUGACAAUUCUUAUUACAUGAAGAAAAAUACAUGUAAUAUUUUUAAGGUUAAUAAAUACAAUGGAUAUUCGGGAAGAUCAGGAUAUAUCAAAAUAUCAUAAAAAAAAAACAUUAAAAUAUGCCAAUCAAGCAGAAAUACUUAGGUCUCAUCAAAGGGAUAUGGAUUUUAUAUCAUCAUUACAAGAAAAGAUUUACAAUUUAUUACAUGGCUUUAAGAAUUAUAGAACCUUAUCUAAAUAUGUAAUUUCUGAUAUCCCAGCUAGAUUGAUAUAUUUUCUUUUCACGUCAGGAAUGGGCAAUCAAACUUUAGGCGAAGAAUAUACUGGGAUCGUACAAGCUAAUAUUAAAAAUUAUACCGUUCCAUCUUUAAAUGCAAGGAUUAUAAGUAUGAUUCUUGAAUAUUUUGGGGAAAGAAUAUUAUUAAAAGAAUUGGGUGUAUUACAAAGAUAUAUUAAUGAUCCUCGUAAUCAAUUAACAGAGCAGUCGAUUAAAUUGUUUAAUUUGAUUUUAACAAGAUUACAGUCAAUAAUACCUCUACUUGUAUUAAUUCAUAAAGGUUUCUUUUAUAUCUCUGGUAGAUAUAAUAGUUUAGGUAAAAGAUUAACUAAAAUAGAUUAUGCAAAGGUUUAUGGUAGUUCAUCAGUGGACAAAGUUAGCUGGGGUUUAAGGCUACUUGGUAUUAUAACUUUAAUGCAAACUGUAUUAAGAAUAUGGCAAAAUGAAUCGCAGCAAAAGGAUAACGAAGAACUUAUAAAAUUAGCAGAAACAGAUGUUCAUAAAAACUGUCAAUUGUGUACCGAAGCAAUAUCAACAACUGCAACUCCCUGUGGUCACACAUUUUGUUGGCCUUGCAUUAGUAACUGGUUGCGUAAUAAACCACAAUGUCCCUUUUGUAGAGAAAAUGUUCCACCCCAAAGAAUAGUAUAUUUAAUGAAUCUAUAAUACAAUAUAUAAAUUAUAUAAAUUUUUAUAAAAUAUUUUUGUUAUAAAAUUCGAAUUUUUGAUUUUUGCUUAUAAGUAAAUGACAUUGAAACAUUUUUUUUUUUUUUUUUUAUGAUAAAGCUGUAUUGUGCAAUAUGCUGAAUAUUAGUAAAACUCGUUAAAAUGAUCUGAGAA